GAGAAAAAAAAUACGCAAAAAAACACAGAAACAGAUGACUGAUCAACUGUGAAAGGACAGCAAAAUCCCAGACAGCUGCAUCCCUGGUAAAAUUUAGAAUAACAAACGAAAACAUUCCCUACAGCUAAGAAAAAUAUGGACAAUAGUAAGCAAACUGUUGUUGUAACAGGGUUUGAGCCAUUUGGAGAGCACACUAUUAAUGCCAGUUGGGUAGCAGUCCAGGAACUGAAGAAGCUGGGCCUGGGAAAGGACAUAGACCUGCAUGUGUAUGAGGUGCCUGUCGACUACCAGGCAGUCCAGAGUUUGAUUCCAUCACUAUGGAAGCAGUAUCAUCCCCAGUUAGUGGUCCAUGUUGGAGUCUCAGGUAUGGCCACCACCGUUACCUUAGAGAAAUGUGGCCGUAACCAUGGCUACAAGGGUUUGGACAACAGCCGCUUCUGUCCCCAUUCUCAGUGUUGCAUUGAGGGGGGCCCAGACUGCAUUGACUCUGUUAUUGACAUGGAAUCGGUCUGCAAAAGAGUGACAGCCUCUGGACUAGGAGUAGCAGUGUCCGUCUCAAAAGAUGCUGGCAGAUACCUCUGUGACUUCACCUACUACACCUCUCUGUACCUGAGCCAUGGGCACUCAGCAUUCGUCCACGUGCCUCCCAUAGAGAAGCCUUAUAGUGGAGUGGACUUGGGUAGGGCCCUCCAAGCCAUCAUACAAGAGAUGUUGGACAUGCUCGACCAAACCGAAGAGAAGAUCCACUGCCAGCGUGUGCACUAAUUUACCUGUGAAAGCCAACUGCCUUUAAUCCCUUACACACGAGAGAUUAUGCACUUAACCACAAAUAGCCAAACAACGUUUUUGUUUCAUUACCUCUUCUGGUGCAAAUUCAAAAAUGGCAACCAUACAGACACUUCCAGUUGACUUAUUUCACAGCCAUUUCGUCACAUUCUUCGUUGCUGUUUCCUCAAGCUCUUGACCUAGCCCGUUUUUUUACAUUUUUUAUCUUAAUGGUUAUGGUGAGGUGAGUAAAGCUGGUUCGGUGUUUUGGUGUAACGAGCUUUCCCCACAUUCUGUCUACAUAGAAGAGAUUGAGCAAGACGAAUUGAACUGGAAUAACAGGAAUUGACAGAAGUGAGCCACAUGCUUGCUCUAGGAGCGCUACUCUUUUUGAAUCUGUUGAGAAGCUUCCAUGGUUUUGACUCUUUAUCCAUACUUACACUGCUAUCUCAGACACAGGGUUAGUGUAUGGAAUAGCCCUUUUUUGCAUCAACUCAAUGUACAAGUUCCACAUUAUUUAUUGGUAUCUAUCUAGUUAUUUAAAGGGAAUUUCUGUCUGUGGUUGUUAUUCAUCAUCUUGAAGAGUUAUUUUUGUCACCAGCUUUUUCAUUAAAGUCUUAGGCGUCCACUUGUUGGUGCAACUUAAGGCAUGCUGGUACUUCCUGGAUUUGAUGUAUAUAAAUGCCCGGCCUUUUCCUCUCCACUCGCCAACAAAACCAGCGACCUACAACUUCUGAUAAGGAUAAAAAAGGACUUCUCGCUCUCACCUCUGAUUUCUUUUUUUAUGCUGUGGGUCUAGCCAGCUUCCAGGUCUACGGGGCUGAUCGCGUCUCCAAAGGAGGUGGUUUGUGUUUCUACGUCACCCAAGGCUGGUUCAAUGAUGACACUUCUAAGUCUCCAGAUCUGGAAUCUAUUUUCAUCCACUGCAAACCUUUUUAUUCACCCCGUGAAUUCUGGCUGGAGUCUACAUCGCUCCGAGCACCAGUGAAAGCACUGCCUAGACACCACAGAUUGAAACAUAUUCAAGGACAGCAAUGCCAACAUACACGACUACACAGACAGAUUCACAUCCUACAUCAGUGUAUGUGAGGAGAACUACAUACCAUCAAAUACUUUUCUAUCACACCUCAACGACAAGCCAUGGGUCACUGGUGAGCUUAGGGCUCUCCACAGUGCCGAAGAGCAAGACCAGGGUACUCUAUAGAGGUCAAGAAAAAGCUACUCUCAAGAAUGAAGGCAGCCAAACAGCAGUACAAAGACAGGCUAGAGCAACUUCUCGUCUGUCUGGAAAGGACUGAAACAAAUUUCCAACUGGAAACCUAAAGCUACAAACCCUAACUCCUCACUGCCGAAUAAACUAAACUAGUUCUACUGCAGAUUUGACACACCCUCCACCUACCCCUCCUUGCCACUUCCCCCUCUCACCCAUCUACCCCAUCCCACCCCUCCCUUCCUCUCCAGGCUCCUCUCUCCUCUACUUAAUACUUAAGUCUAUUGACGCACACGUGCAUCAACUUAAUACAAUUUUAAAAAUCAUCAAAAUCCCCAAUUUUUUUACAUGGGUUACGUCUCAAUCCACCGCAUCCGCCUAUGGCGGCCUUACCGCAUCUGCGGUGGAAGGUAACAGAGCUAGAGCUGUCAGACCAUGAGACAUCCUGAAAAAUCUGGUUUCUCACGAAAACAUCUGUAGCGUGAACGGUUUGGCCUACAAACUAUAAUAACCACUUAAUGGAAUGAGCAGACUCUCAUAAACACAAUGGUAUUCUCCCGUGUCACGGGACUUAUCUUAAGAUACUUCCAUUAAUUUGUAUGGGUUAUGGGAGUAGUUUUGUGCCAACAUAAAUAAGGGGUUAAAUAUGUAUCCGACCUUCAAAACCUUAUGAUUUAUUUUCGGACAUUUUUUGUUGUUGCCAUUUAUAAAUGUUUAUUCAAUGCGUUUCUAUGGGAUAUAGUAGUAAUGGCCAAGUUCAAUAUUUUAUCAACACAUGUUUUAUUUAAAAAAUGUUUACACCUAAAGGUGUGCUAAAAUUCCAAAUCAAAUAGCUAAAUGAUCCAUGGUAUGACCAUCUUAAAACAAUUCCACAUGUUAUGUCAGCUUAGUAACCCUCCCCUCAAAUGGCUUAGAUAUUUAGGUUUAAAGCACUGCGCGGACCAGCUCUCCCGUUUUCACUGACCAUAUUCAACCAGUCAUUAGAGCAAUGCACUGUUCCUGCCUGUUUCAAAUCUUCCAUCAUUGUUACAGUCCCCAAAAAAACUAAAGGUGUCCUGCCUGAACUUUUACAGACCUGCAGUGCUCUCCUCGGUCAUCAUGAAAACAUUUCAGCGCCUGGUACUGUCCCAUCUCAAAACCAUCCCUGACGCCUCCCUCAACCGACUGCAGUUUGCCUACAGAGCUAACAGGUCUGUGGACGACACUGUCGAAAUGGACCUACACUACAUCCUCAAACACAUCGAUAACCCAUAGACAUAUACAAGGACAUUGUUUGUGGACUUUAGCUCUGCUUUCAUUACAUCAUCUCAGAACUGCUACAAGACAAACUGUCCUAGCUGAACGUGUCCAGCUCCAUCUAUCAGUGGACUACUGACUUCCUAACCAGCAGGACGCAACACCUGAUGCUGGGGAAAAACACCUCUCUGACUUUUUAUCCCUCAGCACCGGAGUGCCGCAAGGAUGCGUGCUCUCACCUGUACUCUACUAACUCUGCACCUCUAACAACGCAUCUGUCAAACUACUCAAGUUUGCAGAUGACACCACUCUGGUCGUUCUCAUCACCGACGAUGAUGAGUACAUGUACCGUGGAGAGGUCAACCAACUAGUGGCCUGGUGCAGUCGCAAUAACCUGGAACUCAACAGACAAAACCGUGGAAAUGGUGGUUGACUUAAGAAAACGCCCCCCACCAUCUCUCCCCCUCGAGAUUGUUGGUUCAGCUGUUUGCACGGCUGAAUCAUUCAAAUUCCUGGGGACCAUCAUCUCCCACAACCUCAAAUUGGAGGCCAACAUCACAGAGGUCACCAAGAAGGCACACCAGUGGAUGUACUACUUGCGGCAGCUAAACACUAAAUCUCCCAGCCAAUCCUUAUCCGGUUUUAAGCAUCAAUCGUUGAGUCCAUCCUUCAUCUCCAUCACUGUCUGGUUUGGGUCUGCCCACUGCAAGGGCAAACUGCAACACAUGAUCAAAAUGUCUUGCCACCUGAAUAGUUACUUCGCCCAGGCUGUGGCCCUCACCAACCGGCCAUCUGGCCCAUAGAGACUAAAGCACUAUGGCCUGAUGCGGUGUGCAGCAUAGAGUGCAUCUCUGAACUGUAUACAAAAUAACUGCAUUUCACUCUGUCCAUCUCUCUGCAUUUAGAUAGAUUUAUACUGUAAAUGUGUACAUCCACUGUAUAUCAAUCAUAUACCCACUGUACAUUUGUAUAUCUGCUCAUUCUCUAUGUUCACUUUACCUAGUUGUAUAUAAUGUGUGUAAACUUCGUUGUCUGUAUUCUGUCUCUAAAAUUUGUCAUCACUAGCAGCUGGCACCAUAUCACCAAGUACAACUGAGUAUUUGUAAAUGUACUUAGUGAAUAAAGGGGAUUCUGAUGGUGCUUUCAUAAGGUGUUUAGCUGGAUUUAUAUGUUGUAUAGAAAUUUUCAGAAUGUACCUGAAAAAUGUUCUGUAGAGCAGACUUUUUUAUUUAAAGUGAACUGCAUAUUGUGUUUUCAUAUCCCCCCCCCCAACGUUAUCUAAACUUUUUUUGUUUGUUGUUUUUCUUGGGGGGAAAAAACAGCAAUUUCAGAUAGUUUCUCUUACUUGCAAAAGCCAAAUGUUGCUCGUUUACAUGGAGUUCUUAUUGUUUCUUGAGUCUUUUUAUAAGAAGUUGUAGUUGUGCCUUCUUUUACUAAGGUUAUUUAUAUCAGGGAACGGUUUGGUUCUAUCUCAUAUUUUCAAGUUUGUGGGCCCAACUUUGAUUGAUAGCUGUAUGGCAGAUAUGUGUUCAAUGAACUUCAUCAGAUCAGUAUGCUUAUUCCAGCCGAGGAUUUCAUUUGAUGAAGUGGGCAGGUAGGCAGCCAGGUGAGAAUUGGACCCAGUUCUUCAUUUCUGUAGCACUUUCAUUUUUACUUUAUUGACCGAAUCGUUUUGGAUGUUUCAGCUUUAUGAACGUCAGUGAGCUGGUUUACUUUUGUUCUUGUAUUUUUGUCAUAACACAGUAUUUGUUUUCAGUUGUCUCCCAUUACGGGUUCUUCCCGUGUUGUAUCUAUAUUUUAAAAGACAUGUCAUACCUCUCGUGGUACAACCACAUAAUAACGUACAGUAACUGAUCCAGAUGAAUUGAAUCUUCUUCCCAGAACAACUAUCAUAUGCAAUUUUGUUGCCUAGAAUAUGUUUUGUGUUUACUGGGUAUUUGAGUGUUUAUGGACUGUAUUCAUGGAGAUUCGUGUUUGUGUGUUGUUUAUGUGUUCCUUCACACUGUCACAUACUGGUUAUUACAAAUGUGAUUAAAAUGUGACUAUACUCAGAUGUGAAAGCCUAUGUCCCCAAAUGCUUGUUGAGUUGACCAAUUUCCUUUGAGAUACUCUUCUGACCUGUGCCAUAUGUAAUAAUGGAAAGGGCUGUAGAAUAUUCACUAAGUUACUAUUUAGAAAUAAACUUCCUACAUACAUCGAUCCCAGUAUGCCUAACAUCUAUACCAACCUAUAGAUGCUCCUCUGUCUCAAUGUGUAGGCCUAUUGUUCUUAGAUGUAUAUCAAAUUCCUCUGUAUUUUCCCGGAUUUCUAUUUAGUGGUUGGUUUUGUAAACAAAAAUAAACAUUGAAAAAGAUUACCCUCAUUAA